AUCAAGAUGGAGCAAUUUGGAGUGAAAAGGCGUGUUUUGAGAUCGAUAUUGUUGGAUUUCCUUAACUUUGCUUUAGCUUUCAUGUUAGUUUCUGCUGAGAGAAGCUUGAAGCAUGGAGAAUCCGCCAGGGAAUCUGAAACAAAUAAUAAUUAUUUUCUGAAAGCUAUUAAUUUCUUGUGGCAGUCUGAUCAAUCAGGUUAUAACCAUGUUUGGCCUGAAAUGGAAUUUAAUUGGCAAAUUGUGGUGGGAAGUAUAAUUGGGUUCUUUGGAGCAGCAUUUGGUGGUGUAGGAGGAGUAGGUGGAGGUGGCAUUUUUGUUCCAAUGCUCAGCCUUAUUAUUGGGUUUGAUGCAAAGUCAUCCACAGCUAUUUCAAAAUGUAUGAUCAUGGGUGGAGCAAUUUCGGCUGUUUACUUCAACCUGAAGCUAAGGCAUCCUACGCUGGAUAUGCCUAUCAUCGAUUAUGAUUUGGCUCUGCUUAUCCAGCCAAUGCUCAUGCUGGGAAUUAGCAUAGGUGUUGCUUUUAAUGUGAUCUUUGCAGAUUGGAUGGUCACAGUUUUACUUAUUAUUCUCUUUAUAGUAACAUCAACAAAGGCAUUCUUCAAGGGUGUUGAAACAUGGAAAAAAGAAACCUUGGUGAAAAAGGAGGCUGCCAGAUGUUUGGCGUCAAACGAUAGUGGUGAUGAAGAUGUGGAAUACAAGCCUCUUCCUAGUGGCCCAAAUGGUGACCCUCCCCAGGAUAACACAGACAAAGAAGUCCCUGUUUGGGAGAACAUUUGUUGGAAAGAACUUGGGCUUCUUUGUUUUGUAUGGGUUGCAUUCCUUGUACUGCAGAUUGCCAAGAAUCAUACAGCUACUUGUUCAGCAGCUUAUUGGGUGUUGAACUUGUUGCAGAUCCCAGUUUCUGUUGGGGUUUCUCUGUAUGAGGCAGUUAGUCUGUAUAAAGGACGGAGAGUAAUUGCAUCCAAGGGGGAUCAAGGCACAAAUUGGCGGGUACUUCAGCUUGUUACCUACUGUGCUUUUGGAGGACUAGCUGGAAUUGUUGGUGGUCUACUCGGCCUAGGAGGAGGAUUUAUCAUGGGUCCUCUAUUCUUGGAGCUGGGUAUCCCUCCUCAGGUCUCAAGUGCAACUGCUACCUUUGCCAUGACUUUCUCCUCUUCCAUGUCUGUUGUAGAAUAUUACCUUCUGAAACGUUUUCCAGUACCUUAUGCUCUCUACUUCACUGCUGUGGCUGCUAUUGCUGCCCUUAUCGGCCAGUAUAUAGUCAGAAGGCUGAUAAUUGUAUUUGGAAGGGCAUCUCUGAUUAUCUUCAUUCUAGCCUUCACAAUAUUUGUUAGUGCAAUAUCACUAGGUGGCGUUGGCAUAGCAAACAUGAUCGUGAAGAUCGAGCAUAAAGAAUACAUGGGAUUUGAGAACCUCUGCAAGUAUGAAGGCUGACAUUUUAGUUUCUUUUUGCUAUUUGACCCUCUAAUUCCCCUCCAAAUAGCCUAGCAUUGAAUCUGCCUUCUCUUUGUUCCAUUUCUUGGGUUGUUGGAAGAAAGAUGGUCACUAGUUUCAAUUUUAUAAACAACUCUCAUUUUUCACUUUCCAUGUAUUCAACAAAGACUUAUAGUGACGAACUUCAGAAUUUUUUGUUUGUCUAGAAGACUGAUGAAUGGAAUAUGUAAUUUUGUAUUAUUUGAAGUUUCAUCCUCCCUGACUUCAGA